GUGAAGUGAACUUACAACAAUAAUAACAAAGAAAUUUCAUUAAAUUACAAAAAAAAGUUUCCGACAAGAGGGCAGAACGGCAAGCAAAUAUAAUAAUAAAAAUUGUUAAUUAAAUACGUUUCUUUAAGUGAAGUGGAUUUGUAUUUUCCUUUUUAAUUUGUCAUCGCGAUGAAUACAUUGAGAGGGGAUAUCAAUCAUAAUGGUCACGAUCAGGAUAAUCACGAACUCACCCUGGAGCGCAUUAUUAAGGCACUGAAAUCACCCACCAUGGUGUGUGAGGGUACACAUUUUGAUGGACAAAUCCCACAUACCUUUGUGAUAUUUGGUGCCUCCGGUGAUUUGGCCAAAAAGAAAAUCUAUCCCACGCUAUGGUGGCUAUACCGUGAUAAUCUAUUGCCCAAGCCAACGAAGUUUUGUGGAUAUGCUCGUUCGAAAAUAACAUGCGACGAUAUCAAGAAAGCCUGUGAAAAAUAUAUGAAGGUCCAACCACACGAACAAAAACUUUUCGAAGAGUUUUGGCAUUUGAAUGAAUAUGUGUCGGGUAAUUAUGAUGGACGUUUGGGUUAUGAAAUGCUGCAGCAGCAAAUGGAGGCCAUGGAAAAUAAGGGCAUAGCCAAUCGCAUUUUUUAUUUGGCUCUACCACCGUCUGUGUUCAACACCGUCACGGUACAAGUGAAGGAGAUAUGUUUGUCAAAGAAGGGCUGGAAUCGUGUUAUCAUUGAAAAGCCCUUUGGUCGCGAUGACGUUUCAUCCAAAGAGCUAAGCGAUCAUUUGGCCUCGCUGUUCCACGAAGACCAAAUCUAUCGCAUUGAUCAUUAUUUGGGCAAGGAGAUGGUACAAAAUCUAAUGACCAUACGGUUUGGCAACAAGAUUUUGGGCUCGACAUGGAAUCGCGAGAACAUUGCCUCGGUGUUGAUCACCUUCAAGGAACCAUUUGGCACAGAGGGGCGUGGCGGUUACUUUGAUCAAUUCGGUAUUAUACGUGAUGUCAUGCAAAAUCAUUUGUUGCAAAUUCUCUCAUUGGUCGCCAUGGAAAAGCCGGUUAGUUGUCACCCAGACGAUAUUCGUGAUGAAAAAGUCAAAGUAUUGAAAUGUAUUCGAGCAUUGACACUGGACGAUAUGGUUUUGGGUCAAUACGUUGGCAAUCCCGAGGGAACUGGUGAAGCGAAGUUGGGCUAUUUAGAUGAUCCCACCGUCAAUCCGGAGUCCACCACACCAACGUAUGCCUUGGGCGUGUUGCACAUAAACAAUGAACGUUGGCAGGGAGUGCCCUUCAUUUUGCGUUGCGGCAAAGCACUGAAUGAACGUAAGGCUGAAGUUCGUAUCCAGUAUCAAGAUGUACCGGGUGACAUUUUUGAGGGUAGUGCCAAACGUAAUGAGUUGGUAAUACGUGUCCAGCCAGGCGAAGCUUUGUACUUUAAAAUGAUGACCAAAUCGCCGGGCAUUACCUUUGACAUUGAAGAAACCGAACUGGACUUAACCUAUGAACAUCGCUAUAGAGAUUCCUACUUACCAGAUGCCUAUGAACGUUUAAUUCUCGAUGUUUUCUGCGGCUCACAAAUGCAUUUUGUACGGUCGGAUGAGUUGCGGGAAGCUUGGCGUAUUUUCACACCAAUACUCCAUCGAAUUGAAGAUGAGAAAGUUAAACCUAUACCUUAUAUUUAUGGAUCACGUGGACCCAAGGAGGCUGAUCGAAAAUUGCAUGAAAGUAAUUUCUUGUAUUACGGUUCAUAUAAAUGGCAUGGCAACAAUGGUCUAAACAAGACUCAGUAAUCAUCCCAGCUGGCAUGGUAUUGCUGUACAAAUUUU